CCAACACCUUUCUUCGCCAGCAGAGCGAACUUCGUCACACACGUUUUGCAAUUACGUCAUUGUUUGCGUGCCAAUCACAUGCAAAUGGUGCGCUUCAAAUAGAACGAGUGGGAAAAUGGAGCAGCAGGACGUUGCCUACGAUGCAGGCGAGUACAUUGAGACGGCCUCGGGAAACAAAGUCAGCAGAACAUGCAUCCUCUGCGGCAGCAAAAACAUCGUCCUCAACGGAAAAACCGUAGUUCAAUCCGCCUGCAUCAUUAGAGGGGACCUGGCCAAUAUCAACGUUGGAAGACAGUGUGUUAUUGGAAAGAGAACUGUCAUUACUCCUCCGUUCAAGAAACUCUCUCACGGAGGUGCCUUCUACCCCCUACAAAUAGGAGACAAUGUCAUAAUUGAAGAGGACAGCGUGAUCAAUGCUUCUGCGGUUGGAUCCUACGUUCAUGUUGGGAAGAACUGUGUCAUUUCUCGCUCGUGUAUCCUGAGAGACUGCUGCACGGUGCUGGACAACACUGUCCUGCCCCCAGAGACAGUUGUUCCUCCAUUCACUGUCUUCGGCGGUUCUCCAGGGGUGAUGGUGGGGGAGCUGUCAGAGAGCGUACAGGACGUGAUGAUUGAGGCCACGCGAAGCUACUACCAACACUUCAAGCCAGUCAAGAAACAAUGACACACCAUCGUUAUCCAUUCCAUUUUUCAAUUCUUGAAUGUGAAAGUUUUAAAAAAAAGGUGUGUAGUUUAUCAAACAUAGGUCCAGGGCUAAAGUUCAGGUCUGAAGCCUGGAAUUCCUGAGAAUAUCUGUGAAUCUAAGGGGGGGAGGUGAGAAGAGAGAGAAGUGAGGGAGGAGGGAGAGAGAGGAUCGAGGGACGUACUGAGAAGGAGGGCGGAGUCCAACUCUUCCACUGCAUUAUAUCAUAAUGACAUAAUCGA